AUGGCCAUGGCAAAUUCAAACGUACCACUGCCAACAAGGCCGUUGAAAUCGGCACCAAACUUAAUAUCCCGCAAACAUUCAAUUACGCCACCAACUUCUGAUCGUGGAGACAGAACCAGCUUUUCAAGUGUGAAAGAAAUCACUUCAGGAGUCCCUCAAUCAUUUACGGAUUCCAAGGUCAGCUCAUAUCUGAAAUACGAAGUCGACGCCAACGAGAACGAGAUCGCCAUUGACGACACAAGCAGCGGAGGUUCGAGAACUCCCCCAGAAAACGCCGAGACCGACAUGCAAACAUUGUGGUCUACAAACCCUCAUAGCACCCUCCAUGGACUCGUUUGCCCCUGCGAUGGCUUCCGAGGUUGGAAGCAGAUUGCAGUACGUGGUAAGAUUGCAAGUAGAAGCUACAGUGAUUUGAGAAACAUGAAGAUGGGCUGGGGCUGGGACAGUGACUAUGAGCCAAAGCCUAACCUUGAGCCGGAAUCGAAGAUAGAGGCACAGCCGGUGAUGGAAGAAGUCGGGGUUGGUAUUUCUAGAAAAUCUCCAAUCGAGAUGCUACCUGCGGAAUUACUUGGCGCCAUAAUUGAUCAGCUUGUUACGGAUAUUCCUCCAGGCGGAAUCACGCCACGCAAUGUUGACUUGAUGUCUUUACUCCUUACUUCGCACGCGAUGCAUUCAGCAACUCUAGCUUCUCUGUAUACGAAGAUCACUAUUCCGCACUCCCGGGUCUUCCGCAAGUUUCUGGCUCACAUCAGAGAGUAUCCAGCUCUAGGCACGAUUGUCCGACGAUUAGACUUCUCCCACUUUAACCCGACUGGUAUUGGCCUCACAGCUAGACAGCGUGCCGAGACAUUGAACUUGAUUCCUGCAACUCUUCUCGAAUGCCUAUCGCUCACCCCAAACCUACGAGAAUUUCUGAGCCAGGAGCACAUCGAUGACGACAUGGAUGCAAAGGUUAUUCAGAAACUCUUCUGCGAAUUGCCAAAUUUGCAAGCACUGGACUUCUGCGCCUGCUCUUCAGCCUCUUUCCGCGACUCCUUCACUACGGUCCUGAAUACCUGCUCAAUCCCUGAAACUCUUCCCAUUACCAGGUUGAGUUUCCAUGAAUGCACGAAUUUGCCAUCUUCAGUCUUCGAGACCCUCAUUCCGCGACUUCCGGCCUUGACCCAUCUUGACCUCGCGCACACUCGCAUUACCGACGACAUUCUUUUCUCUAUUCCCCAAUCAGCGCGGCUUACGCAUUUGAAUAUUAGCAAAUGUUCUUACCUCUCAGGAGAACGGGUAGUUGAAUUUCUUAGCACACACCCUGCUGUGAAAUCGCUAUCCUACCUCAACCUUGGUUCCGAUAUCAAAUCUCACGAAAUGUUCAAUCGCUACGAGGUUACAGCUCUACUUCCGAUCCUUCCCGAUACUCUUCGAUCCUUGAGUCUCAAAGGUAGCGAAAUGCAUGAGUCGCACAUCCCACUCUUUCUGCCACUUACAAAACAUCUCGAGGAGCUUGGUCUAGGACAUGGCUUGGUGUUGUCUGAUAUCCGUCGACUAUUUGUACCCGACCAAGAUGCUAGUAUCGAAGAACAGAUUGCAUGGGUUCCGCACACGCUGCAUUACAUUGAUGUGUCUGAUCUCUCAAAGGGUCAGCUCGAUCUAGGCACUUUAUUCGGUUCGAGCUGUCCAAUACUCAGAAACGACACCCUACCCCUCGAAGUCCUCGAGAUUAACCUAGAAGUUUUCAAAAUUAUGAGUACCAGUUCUCUCGUCAAGCGUGCGGGCUGGUGCUUGAAAGAGGCCGGUCGAAGAUAUUGGUUAGUGCGGAAUGAGAAUACCGAGGAAAGCGAGAAGGACUCUGGAGGAAGACAAUGGAAAUGGGGAGCCAAUUACUGGGGUAUGAGGAAGAUGCCCGUUGCUAGAGCGGAGGUGGGAGGCAUGUAUGGACAUUACAUGUUCAAGCGAUAA